GAAGCCGAGCGGGCGCUGCUAGCAGAGGCGCCAUAUUGGAAGGGACAAAACUCCGGCGACAGCGAGUGACACAAAUAAACCCCUGGAUCCCCUCGUCCUCUAAGAGCUAAAGGCCGCGAUGUUGUACCUAGAGGACUAUCUCGAAAUGAUUGAGCAGCUUCCAAUGGACCUGCGGGACCGCUUCACGGAGAUGCGCGAGAUGGACCUGCAGGUGCAGAAUGCAAUGGAUCAACUAGAACAAAGAGUCAGUGAAUUCUUUAUGAAUGCAAAGAAAAAUAAACCAGAGUGGAGAGAAGAACAAAUGGCAUCCAUCAAAAAAGAUUACUAUAAAGCUUUGGAAGAUGCAGAUGAGAAGGUACAGUUGGCAAACCAGAUAUAUGAUUUGGUAGAUCGACACUUGAGAAAGCUGGAUCAGGAACUGGCUAAGUUUAAAAUGGAGCUGGAAGCUGAUAAUGCUGGAAUUACAGAAAUAUUAGAGAGGCGAUCUUUGGAAUUAGAUACUCCUUCACAGCCAGUGAACAAUCACCAUGCUCAUUCACAUACUCCAGUAGAAAAAAGGAAGUAUAAUCCAACUUCUCACCAUGCAACAACAGACCAUAUUCCUGAAAAAAAGUUUAAAUCUGAAGCUCUUCUAUCUACCCUAACAUCAGAUGCCUCUAAGGAAAAUACAUUAGGUUGUCGAAACAAUAAUUCUACGGCCUCUUCCAACAACGCUUACAAUGUGAACUCCUCCCAACCUCUGGCAUCCUACAAUAUUGGCUCGUUCUCGUCAGGAACUGGUGCCGGGGCAAUCACCAUGGCGGCAGCGCAAGCAGUCCAAGCUACAGCUCAGAUGAAAGAAGGACGAAGAACAUCAAGUUUAAAAGCCAGUUAUGAAGCAUUUAAAAAUAAUGACUUUCAGCUGGGAAAAGAAUUUUCAAUGCCCAGGGAAACAGCUGGCUAUUCAUCUUCUUCAGCACUCAUGACUACAUUAACACAGAAUGCUGGUUCAUCAGCAGCGGACUCCCGAAGUGGGAGAAAGAGCAAAAACAACAAAUCUUCAAGCCAGCAGUCAUCAUCCUCCUCCUCUUCCUCUUCCUUGUCAUCAUGUUCUUCAUCUUCAACCGUUGUACAAGAGAUCUCUCAACAAACAACAGUAGUACCGGAAUCUGAUUCAAACAGUCAGGUUGAUUGGACUUAUGACCCAAAUGAACCACGAUAUUGCAUUUGUAAUCAGGUAUCCUAUGGCGAGAUGGUGGGCUGUGAUAACCAAGAUUGCCCUAUUGAAUGGUUCCAUUAUGGAUGUGUUGGAUUGACAGAAGCACCAAAAGGAAAAUGGUACUGUCCACAGUGUACUGCUGCAAUGAAGAGAAGGGGCAGUCGGCACAAAUAAAGGUUGUCAUUUCAUUUGAGAAAGAAAAAAACAUCAACUCAACAUUUUAUAUAGGACUUUAAAGAAGAAAAGAGAAAGAAGAAACAAUGCAUUUCUAGGCAACCACUUAAAGGAUUUACAUAGACAAUCCUGUAAGAUCUUGAAUUUGAAUUUUAUGGGUUGUAUUUUAAUAAUGUAAGUAAAUUAUUUAUGCACUCCUGGUGUGCUAUGAAUAUUAUUCCAGUUAGCCUUGGAUUAUUUCAGUGGCCAACAUAUGCAGACAUUUGUAUUCCUCAGCCAUUUUCUCAAAGUAAUGGGCAUUCUAUAAUUUAGAUUUCAAACGAUUCCAACGAUGAAGAUUUUAAGAAAAGUAUUUUAUAUUCAACAGGUAUGUUCUGCUGCAUGUACUGUACUCCAGAGCUGUUAUGUAACACUGUAUAUAAAUGGUUGCAAAAAAAAAGUUAGUGCUUCUAAGAAGAAUUUAAGAUAAUGGUUUUUUAAAUGCCUUUAUAAUAAGCUUUGUUUCUUUGUGAAACUACAUUCAGCAGGCUGAAGGAAAUGGUUCAUGUGAUAAAGUGAGCUGGUGUCCUCUAGAGUACCUGGGUACAUAAACAGAAACUCCUGUAGGUAAAAACUAACCUGUGCCAUUAGUCUUUAUAUGUUUCUGCAUCCAGACAGAGUGCAGUUCAGGA